UAAACUGUAGAUGUUUCAUUAUACAGUUAUUAUACAAUUAUUACGAGUACCUAUUUACUCAGUAGUAUAAAUUAUAAUAAUAACUUAUUAUAUUGUUUUAUUGUAUUAAAUAUUAUUUGAAGUGCACCUAGUUGAGUUUUAAGAAUUAUGACAAUAGAUUAGAAUAGGUGUAUAAUAUAUCGGUUUAGAUUAUAUACAAUGAAUAUUUUCACAGGUAAAUGAUUCUAUAAUUGUUGUUUCCUCAAUGUUAUAUUAUAAAUUUAAUUAAGGUAUGUACCAAUAAGUAUACCUAACAGGUAAGUAUAUGAAUAUAGUAUACUUGUAAAACAAAUAGUUUUUAUUAUUAUGGUUGUAAAGUAACAUGGCACUUAAUAUAAUACUAUAAGUAUUUAUUAAUAUUUAAUUGGAUUCCUUUUUGAAUGACCUCAACAAAUAUAUUUUCCAUAUUUUUCUAAUUAUUAUUUAAUAAAGCAAUACUUUGUUUAUUAAUAUUAUUAUUUUGUUUAAUAGGUAGUUAGUACAACUUAUUAUUAUUGUAUAUAUUUAUAUAUUAGUAAGUGAAUAAGUAACUCAUGUUUUUAUUAAAAAAACAAUUGUAGAUUUUUAAAUGUACUUUAUGUUAAUGUACUAUAAGUUCUUCCUCAAAAUACCCCAUGGUAAAAUUAACCCUCUAAAAAAUAUGCUAUAUAUAUAUAUAUUUAUAUAUUCAAUAUCUCUAUUUAAGAUAUUGUUGCAAGAAUUAUCUUCUAAAGAUUAUAUUUUGAAAAACAUAUAAAAAUAAUAAUGAACUACAUUUCAAAUUAAACAUUCUUAAGAAAAAAAAAUAUAUCGUACAAAUUAUACAUUUAUAAUGAAAAAUGUACUCAAUUUUUAUAAAAUAAUUUAAUACUAUAGUCAAAUUUUUAUAGUUAAGUUAAAAAAUACUUGUUUUAAUUGUUUGUUUAAUUUCUCAUUUUUUUUUUUUUUUUUUUUACAGGAAUCUUACUAGAAAAAUAUUUCUCAAUUUUUGCUUCUAUAUGCCUUAUUAGCAUUAUUUUUUGCAAUUUCUAAUUUAAGAAAUCAAAAGUAUGUUCAUACAUUCAAUAUAUUGUUUAGAAGGAAAUUACUGAGACAUAUUUUGAAUGGGGUAUUAUAUUACAAAUACAGAAUAUUUUGAAGGGUAUUAUUUUAACCAUGGGAUAUUUUGAAUAAGGGAUAUUGUUUCCAAAGGGGAUAUUUUAAGGAAAUGCCUAAAUAACUUGCAAGUGUCAUUUUUUCAAUUCAAUUUUGUUAUCUCAAUUUAUUUUCACAAAAAUCAAUUAAAAUAUUUUUUUUUCAGAUUAUUCUCAAAAAUGUCCAGAUUGCCAAAAAAGUUUUUAUUCCGCUACAUCAUUGUUGGUACAUUUUUUCAGUCAUGUUGGUGAUGAUAAAGUUGAAAAUAGCAACAAUAGUAAAAAUAAUUCAAUAUCCAAUGAAAAACUCAAAGAAACCAGAAAAAAUGAGUCUUCUAAACCAAUAAAUUUGGUCAAGGAUGAAACAUUUAAUCCGUGGAAAUAUUGUUUAGCCACGUUAGAAGAAAAUAUUGGUGAUUCAACUAAUCCAAUAAAAAAUAAUAAAUUAAAUAAAAAGAAAAAAGAGAAAACUAAGACUUUUGAAUGCAGUUUGUGUAGUAAAAAAUUUGGAUGGCCCACUGAUCUUAAAAGACAUCUACUCAUCCAUACAGGUAUAUUAUACUAUUUUAUUUAUUAUUAAUGACCUAAUAAUCUGAAAAAAUAUUCCUAAAUGUUAUUCAUAAUUAAUAUUUAUUAUAGAAAAAGCAUAAAAAAAACUCAUGGAAUCAAAUAGAUUCAGGUGUAAACUAGUAAAAAAAAAGCAUAGGAUACUACAUAAUUUUAAGGUGAAUAACACAAAUUAUAAUAAUAAAAAUAAUAUAUUUUGUAUUAUCGGUGAGUCAUUGUUACAAGUGGAAAGUUUGUGAUCAAUAUAACGUAAAGUACUCAUUAUUUGGGGUAAUGUUAUAAUUUGUUUGAUUUUAUUUUAGUCAAUUUAAGAAACAAGCACCUCUAAAAAAUUUUAAGUUCUCUUUUCCGGGUGAAAUCAAUACCACAUAUUACUUUUAAAAUGACAACAUGUAUUAAAAAUUCCACAAAUAGAUGAAGUUUUAGUUUAAAUACAUGUAGUGGGCAUGAGGUAUUUGAAUUUUGCUCUACUAUUCUUUCUCUACUCAUAUAAUGACAAAUAAAUGUGUAAUAUCUUAUCAAGGGUUUGAUAAAAAUUAAGAAUAUCAACACCAACAUGUAUUUUUUUAUGAAAUUUUUAGUAUAGGUUGCUAUUUUAAAAUCAAAAUUUGGUAGUGGUUUAACUCUCUAACAUAAAAGUGACAAAAAAUAAGAAUUUUGUAAGAAACAAAAAAGUUAAUAUUUUCUGAGAUAUAAUAUUAAAUUAUUCUGUAUGGGGUAAUUUAAAUUUGAACUUAAGUUAAAUAUAAAUUGUAAAAUGUUUAUCCAUAUUCAAAAAAGCGUUUAAUAAUUCAACAAAUGUUGAACUACUUAAAAACUAUUAAAAAGUUUUUUCCUAGAGUAUAAAUAGAAUGAAAAUUUAAAAUUUAUUUAGUAUACAGGGUCUUAAUCAGUGGUGUUCUCAUAGAGUAUACUACAUAUACGCUGUAUACUCUCAACAUUUUGCCACAAGUAUACUAUGUAUACUCUCAAAUAGAUUUGAUAGACAAAAUAGUAAAAUAAUAAUAAUAAAAACACCAAAAACAUAAUUGUCACAAUAUUUUGUUAUCAUUUCCCGUUCAUGUCAUCGUAUGCAGCUAUAAAACUAUAAUAAUAUAUAGUGUUACAUAUUACAUUUAUUUAUUUAAAUAAUUAUUAUUUAAAAUUCACAAUAGUCUUAUAGAACAUAAUACUAUUUUUAAAAAAAAAAUGUUGAGUGUUAUUUCGCAAAUUUUAAUUUAAUUUUUGUAUAUUGAUAUUUAUUUCUCUAUAAACAGCAUGAACAAUAUGGCAAAUAUAAAAUACCCAUUGUAAGACAUGCAGAAUAUUAUAGUAUACCUUUGAAAAAAUUGUUGGGAAAAUCACUAGUCUUAAUAAAUAUAUAUACUCCAACAAGUAUUAAAAAUUAAACUUUAACUGUUAUAAUAGAUAAUUAAUUUUGAUUGGAUAAUAAAUUAUUUUAUAGUUGUAUUCUUUUUUAUUAAAUUUCAAUAAUAAAUUACAAUUUAUUAAAAGGAGAACGGCCAUUUAAAUGCAGUCUAUGCCAAACAACAUUUACAAGAAACUUUUUACUUCAAAAACAUUUUGUCAAAGCUCACAAAAGGAUAUCUGAUGAUGAAUCAAAAAAUUUGGACAACUAUGUGCAUGCUAAUGUUACUGAAAUCAAAUUGAAAAUGAAAGAACUAGAGUAUCAAAAAGAACAUGAAACUUCUAUUUCUUCAGAUUAUGAUAACCAAAACUAAUACCAAUGUUUUUAAUUAACACACUUAAACCAUACAUUUGUUAUUAAUAAUAAUAAUUACUAAAAAUUAUAAUAGAGUUUCCUUUUCAAAUAAGUGAUAUUAGUUAACUACAGUCAUAUUUAAUAAUUACUACAGUUAAACAUUUAAUAUUAUUUGUUAUGUAAUGAUUUUUAUUUAAUUAAGUCACUCUAUAAUAAAAUAAUUACUUUAUAACUAUUUCAAAUUUGAGAAAGUGAAAAGUAACUUAAUUAUCUUUAAUAUGAACUCCGUUAUUUGUCAUGGUUUACAGUUGUUAUUUCCUGUAAUAACCAGUUGAAAUUCUUAAAAAUGUAGUUCUAUUCUUUAAAGUUUUUUACCACUGCUUUCAUUUUACUACUUAUUAUAAUAAUUUAGAAACAGAUUUGAAGAAGUGAAAAUAAAAACAUCUUAUUUACUAUUGGUUACAAUUUAAAGAAAUUAAUCUUACUAGUUUGAAACUGUAGGUACUAUUAUCUUUAAGAAACAAAUAAUAAUUUACUUUUUCGCGAAAUCACAAUAAUUGCAUACAUUAUUUACAAUAUUAUUUAUUAACCUUCAUAGUUUGUUAGUUUUUUUUCACGAGUUUUGUUUAUUGUAAUUCACUCCUAUAGUAUAAUAUUAGUAUAGUUUAAUAUUGGAAUAGCUACACUUAAAUAUUAUGUGACUUUAAAAUUUUAUCAUUACUAAAAUACAUAUAUAUACCGGGUUUUCUAAAUGUCAUGUCAUAGUCAAAUUUUCCAUGAAAUACUUAAUUACUUGUAAACAUUUUUUAGAAUUGUAUAUUCUGAAGUAUUAGUGUCUUUAUUUUUGAGGUUGAAACUACUUGAUUUAAUUUUUCAAUAACAAUAUAUAUUUAAAAAUUCCAUAAAUACAUUAAGUUUUAGUUUAAAUACAUUUUAGUGUUGACAAUUUUAAUUCCUGACAACCUGUAAAAGAAAUAUUUAAUUCCACAUUUAGGUAGGGGGUGUGUAGUAGAAUAUCAAUUGUGUGGUGUUUGAAUAGUGUUCCAAUACUCAAACUUAAAAUUUGAUUAUCUCAUCAACAGCUUUAAAUAAAUUACAAAUUUUAAUAAUAAAAUGUAUUUAAACUAAAACAUUAUAUAUUUAAACAAUUUUGAAUUUAAGUUGCCAUUUUAACAAAGUAAAUAUUUCAUGCAAAAUUUGACUGUAACAUGGAAUUUGAAAGAUUUUGUAUGUUUAACCAAGAAGAAUUUUUUUUAUAUAUAUUUGCUUAACAAAUAUGUAUAUUUCAUGAUAUUAGCUAAAAUGUUUUUGUUAUACCUGUUAACUUCUACCUGUGUAAUAACUGCCUACCAAAUAACUAUUGGAUAAUGUAACUAUUAUUUCCUGUUCCAAUUGUAUAUUUGUUAUUUGUUAUUUUUAUUUUGCCCAAAAUUGCCUUAUUAAUAUCCAUUAAAAAAUUUAAUAAUAGAUUUUAUUAUGUGUGUUAUUAUGAGUUUUUUUUUUUAAUAAAACGAUAAUAUUUACUUAUAAUUAUAUAUAAAUAUAAUAAAAAUAAUGUAUGUGUAAUCUACUAAAAUAUUUGAUAAUAAUAUUAUAUUUAAUAUUUAUUUGGUUCUGGGGAAAAAGAACUUUAGUCAAUUUUGUAUAGUUUUAAUAAAUGACAUUUUUAAAAUACUUAUGUUAUUUAGAUCAAAAAGUUAAGAAAAAGAAAUUAUUUAAGAUAAAGUUAUAUAAAAAAAAGCCAAAGAUUUAUGUAACAUACCUAACAGAACCUUAAUAUAAAACUGUAAUAGUUUAAUCAUUAGUCAUUAAUUUUUAUUAAAAAUAUGAUACCUUUAUUUUAUAGUGUACACCUAAAUAGCAGUAUAUAAAAACUAUUUUAUGAUUAUAUAAAACACAAUUGUUGAAAUUCCUGAUUUUAAUAAAAAUAUGUUUAAUGGAUACUAUUUUGAUAAUUUGUUAACACUAGCUUAUUACUACAUACAAGCAAUUGUUCAAAAAUAUCUAUUUUUUUUAUCUGUUUAGUUUUCAAGUAGAAAUUAGAAUAUCUUAUUGUUUUCUAAACAUUUUCCUUAUAUACUAGUUAAAAUAAUUUUGUUUGUUUAUAAAUGUUUUGUAGUUAAUCAUAAUAACCAUAACUAGAAAUUUAGUUUAUAAUAUAAAUUUGAACAGUAUAAUUUAUAAUAUUAUGUAAUUUAUUAUUAAGUGUAAUGUAUGACAAUAACAAACCACAAAUGACAAUAAUAUAUGUUUGUAACUUAAAUAAAUAAAAAUAUAUGUGUAUAUUUUAUAUUAACUAUUCAAUAAUUAUUUGUAUAAUACAACAUGUUGUAUGAUAAGGAAUCAUAUUACAAAAAUAUGGUAAAAUAUUAUUAUUGUAUAAGUAUUUGGCAUUUGAGCGGAGAUAUUUUACCAUACUAAUAAAUUACUAUAGUAAGGCUAGUGGAAAAUAAAUAAACUAUAAUAUUAUAGUAUUAAUUUCUAUAUAGGAAAUAUGACAAGUAUUAUACAUAGUUACAUAUUGACCUCCCACAGUUUUAAAUUAUUGUCCAUCACUUCGUGAAACCAAGCUCUUUUUUUAAUGUCCUUAAAAGCCGGCGCCAGUGUCUUCAGGUCAAGUUUGAGCAGUGCUUCAUUACCGAGUAUCCCGUUUAGUUCACUCAGCAAUUGUGUGUCUCCAUGAAGUUUCAGGAGUGACGUGAAUGUGAAGAAAUAGAACUUGACCCUGAGCCGCUGCUGGGCCCAACGUUCGACUGUGUCGUUGCCACUUGCUGAUUGUAUUUUGCCAACGUGCUCAGCGUACCAUGGUGAAAAAUAUCCCGUCAGCUCUUGGUUCGAGAUCUGCGACACUCCUUUAGACUUUAAACGUUCCUUAAUCACCUUAUAAGUGCUCGGAACGUAUACAUAUACCUGUAUUGUAUGCAUAAAACAAAUGUGUUAGACAAACUUGUAUUCUAUUACAACACAGGCACAGUAGAACCCGCUUAUUAGGAACACUUUGGGACCAAGAUGAAACGUGGCAAUUAACCGAUUGUUUCUAAUAAAUGAUUGGUUUAAGUAUACGACCGGUCCAUCUUAACAUAUUUUGUAUCCAUUAUCCGUGUUUCUAAUAAGCGGCUUCUACUGUAUAUUAUAUUAUAUAAUUUGAGACAAUGAUUGGGUGUCAAUAUUACAUGAGCGUCACCUAAAACAUCACUAAUAUUUGAAACACAACUUCUCCAUCUCUUCAACCAUGGUAAAUGAUCAUAGUCAUAAAGAAUAAUACUGUAGUUUGGUGGUUUAAUUCGAUUUUUUUUAAGGAGGGGUAUAUUCACAAUAGGGCAAUAGUUAUAUUCUGUUUAAAAACUUUUACAGACUCAGGAUUGAAUUCAACUGAAUGUUCCUGAAAUGUAGGGGAGUUUAAAUUCCUUAAGCACACCCUUGAGAGAUAUGCCUCUGCAAUAGUCAUACAAUUAUAUUGGACUGUAAAUUUAUUAUAUCACAAUGGUUCAAUCUUUGUAAUCAACAACAAUAAUCAUUUUAUUUAUUAGUUAAAAGUUAUAGCUAUAGGUAUAUUUACAAAAGAACAUACUAGAUAGUAUACGAGUAUAGAUAUAAUUUUAUACUAGGGUCACAUUUAGGGAAGCGCUAACUUAACUAAAACUUCUAAUGCC